GUUUGUUUAUAUGACACUGUCAGAAAAGACUUUAUGUGGAUCUUGAAAGAUAAUGAUGCUUUGCGCAUAGAGGUUAAGGAACUGAGAGCUCAAAAAGCAACAAAGAAAACGGAUAAGUCAAGGCUUGACCAGGAUGAUAUAGAUAUAGCAGAACUCAAUAAUGAAGAACUCAAAGAUCAACUCCUGAGAUAUGGUGUGAAUCCAGGUCCUAUUGUUGCUACAACAAGAAAGCUGUAUGAGAAGAAGCUACUGAAGCUGAAAGAACCGUCCCAAGAGCUAAGUUCAUUCAUAGCCACACCAACAUUUUCUUCAUCAACAGAAAACAAUAAGCAAAAUGGAAAUGAUGAUUCUGAUCAGUUCAGUGACAGUGAAGAAGAUCCUAAAACAGAGUUCAGACUUGACAAGCAGGAACCACUGAAGAGUAAAACAAAAACUUCAUUAUCACUUAAACAAAGAAGAAUUGCUGAAAAUAACCAGGAUGGCAUUACUGAGACAUUCUGGAGAAGUGGAUCUUCAAAAAGUGGACUUCUUCAGGCAGUGUCUAGGGAAUCUGCGAGAGUAUCAAGAAGAACACCAAGGAAAAGGGUUGAAACUACAGUUCCAUUUCCUGUACAUGAUCCAGUAAUAUCAGAGAAUACUCCCAUAGCUGUAGUGGCUUCAAGCAACGAGACUCUACAGGUUGUCAAUAGGGUACCUGGAAAUACCAAGCAUGCUGAUCCUAUACUGUCAAUCAGUGACUUCUCAGAAUUGCCAAGAAGAACACCAAAGAAACCAUUGAUGACAGCUGAAGUCAUUGAGAAAAUGUCUACAGAGGUUACAAGAUUAGAAAGAGAUAUUCUUAAAGAAAUGUUUCCAUAUGAAGCAUCAACACCUACAGGAAUUAGUGCAAGCUGCCGCAGACCAAUCAAAGGCGCUGCUGGGCGACCUAUAGAGUUCAGUGAUUACCGGCUGGAAGAAACAUAUUCAUCAAAAUAUAUUCCUAAAUAUGUUGCCUCAGCAGAAAUCCAAAAAGAAAAAACAACUAAAAAACACUCCAUUCCUUUGUGGAUAAAAUUUUUGCUCUUUUUCAUUAUUGCAAUCUUCUUGGCUUUCGUCUAUCAAUCCAUGGAAAUCAACCAAGGAAAUCCAUUCUCCAAAUUCCUUACGGCUGAGAGUCCACGGAAAACAACAGAUUGAAUUUUUCUUUCUGUGGCACACACAACUGGGUCUCCCAUUUUUAAUUUUAAAGAUAUCUUCAUCCUUCCUCAUCUUGAAACUGAAAAAGGAAUAAAAUAGGACAGUAAAUGGGCAUCAACUUCUUUCAAAAUCAGGAGAUCACUGUGCCAUAAAUAGUAUCUUUAGAUUUCUUUGGAACUACUUGUAGGAUUUAUUUUUUUAAUGUGGACUUCAUUAUGUUCAUUUGAGAUUGUAUAUUUGAUUUUAUAAACUUGGAAGCUCAAAAUGGGCAGAAGUGAUAGUAAAAUGUGAAGAUAUGUGUUUAAAUGUUUUUACUUCAGACUAAGAUACUUUACUGAAAUUUUGUUUACUGCAUAUGUUAUUUGGGGUGGAAAGAAAUUGAUAAAUGGAAAUGCAUUUGUAAUGCAUUUUGUGAAAACUGCAGCUAAAUUUAGUGUAGUUUUAAGGGGCUUCAGCAUUUUUCUGUAGAAUACUGUAAUCUCAAUAAAUGUAAACUUGUAUACAUUUGUGUUAGUUUUGAUUGUAGUAAUUAUACUUAAGCUUAUCCUUAAUUUUUAAUCAUAGUUACCUAUUUUAGUGCUUAACCCUAUAAUUCCUGAUCUAAUUGACUAUUGUUGUUUUAGAACAAUAUUUAUUAGUAUAGUUUUUUGAAAUAAAGCUUACAUAAAAUAAA